GAGAGUUAAGCCACAUAAUUUCACCACGGUAAAAUUAUACCCUUACUUGUACAAUCUCUUCUGUUCAGCAAGGAAUACUUCAUUCUCCAGAACCUUUUGCAGCAAAUUAUACUUCGUGAAAUGCUUAUAUCUACAAGAUAACACUUAUACCUUGAGGGCAUCAUCUAGAAUCUGGUAUAUUCUUUGGCAGAAAAGUACCAAAUUAUCUUCAGGACACACAUGAAGAAAAUGAAUGUGGCAAAACCAAGUCAAGUGUUAACUAUUUUUCUUCUCUUUGAAAUGUCAGUAUUUGGUCAAUAUGAGAGUGAUGAUUUUGAGGAUGAAUACGAACAUGAAGUGGAUAGUGAAUAUCCAUCUAUUUUUCAUCAAAUUCCUCAUGUGGAAUAUAGCGUUCCAUACCCCACCAUAAGUGCUGAGUGUGCCAAAGAAUGCUUCUGUUCACCUACUUUCCCAACAACCAUGUACUGUGAUCAUCGUAAGCUUCUGACAAUACCAAAGAUUCCUGCUCACAUCCAGCAACUUUAUCUGCAGUAUAAUGAGAUUGAAGCUGUGCCUCUGGAAUCCUUCGUUAAUGCUACAGCUUUGAAAGAAAUUAAUCUCAGCCACAACAAAAUCAAGUCUCAUAAAAUUGACAACGGUGUAUUCAUCAAACUUGCAAACCUCAUACAACUUCAUUUAGAAUAUAAUCAGUUAGAAGAAAUUCCAUUCCCAUUACCUGGAAGCUUAGAAAGGUUGAUCCUGGGUUUCAAUCAAAUUUCCAAGUCACACAAUAAAGCCUUGGAAGGGUUAACACAUUUAACAAUGCUUGACCUCUGUAAUAAUUAUCUUGAGGAUUCCCAGCUCAAAGGAAUAGACUUCUCAAGUAUGAGAAAUCUAAUGCAGAUUAACCUUUGUAACAAUAAGCUACAGUCUAUAAGUCUAGAUCUACCACCUUCAGUGAUGUAUCUUUCGCUUGAAAAUAAUUCAAUUUCUUCCAUUCCAAAUAAUUACUUCCACAAGUUUCCAAAUCUUACUGCUUUAAGAAUGUCACACAAUAAUCUUGAAGAAAUUCCUUAUAAUGCUUUUAUGUUCUCUAAUCUUCUGGAACUUAAUCUUGGGCAUAACAAAUUGAAACACCUUUUCUAUAUUCCAAGAACCCUACAACAUUUAUACUUGGAAGAUAAUGAACUAGAAGUCAUGAAUGUUACUUUAAUGUGUCCUUCUAUUGAUCCACUAAACCUCAAACAUUUAACAUACAUACGAGUUGACCAAAACAAGCUUACAGCUCCAAUCAGCACCUAUGCAUUCUUCUGCUUUCCACACGUGCGGAGCAUUUAUUAUGGAGAACAAAAAAUUAGCAAAGAUCAGCAAACACAGCUGAGAACACCUGUGUUCCGAAGAUUUCUGACUCAAGAAGAAUAUGAAGAAGCAGAAGAUUUUCAUGAAGAACAAGAUGAAAGCCAUGAUCACGAUUCCAGAGGAAGUGACCAUGACAACUACCAUGACCCUUACUUCUAUUAACAAUUUUAAGAGGUAGUAAAACUAUCAAACAAAUAAAAAAUAAUAAUAUCAAGUACAAAAGAAAACGGAAUAAACUGGAAAAUGAAGUAAACCAUCUGAAGCAUAUCAGUAUAUUUUGUAGCAUAUAGAAUAUUUUUAUGUAGAAAAUCUCAAUAGCCAUGAAAAUAGUAUUUCUUAGAUCUUCAACCUAUUAAUAGCAGACUAUGAAAACAUUUUAAAUAUCAUAGAAUGAUCCAGGUGACUAAAACAAACGCCAUCACAAUGUUAAUAUGGUAAUGAUAAUAUCUAAAUCCUGAUAUAUUAGAAACUGCAAUAUGAUAGACUACUGUUAUCUGACAUAGAUCUUAUUUUUAGUUUGAAUACAUUUUCUAAGAGAAGUUACAGUUUAUUCAGAAUCCUAAUUAGGCUUGCAGCAAAACCAUUACAAUAGUAGAUUUAAAAACCUUUGGUAUUUCAGUUAACUUUUAACUGAAUGGUUAGGUGGUCAAGCAUUUGACCAUUUUAUGCUUUAUGCAUGAAGGUGUGUCUGUGUAUAAAAUUAACAUUCAUGAAAAAUUCAACUUUUGCCGAAAUUAACUUCAUAAAUAUGAAAUUAUUCAGGGAACUAUCUAUUGACUCAGAAGAAUAAAUUGAAGUUAAUACAUAACAUUUCAGGAGUUUUUGGUUCAUUAUCAUAAGCACCCUAUUUUUAUUUUUUUAAAUUUUCUUUUGCCUAUAGGUAUUGUCUACCUUUUGGGUUACAAUCAAUCAUUGUUGAUAUCAUGAGUACUUUACCCCGGGCCCAAUUCACUCUUGCUAAAAAAUACAAAAUACAUUUCAAGUACAUUUAAUGAGUAACAAAUUUAAUGAAACUAUCACUAAACAAGAACAUACAUGCAGACACAUAUUGCAACAUAGGGAAAAAUCAACAGACUUGGCUUAUUCACUUCAUCAACAAUACAAGGCUAUCAAAACUAUUAUUUUAAAAAAUACAUGAUAUUUUUAAUCAGUAUUCACAUUUAUUUUGCUUUCAUAUAUGGAUUUUAACAAUAAAUAUUUAAAUAUAUAUUCUGUUUAUAAAAGUAUAAGAUGUUACAAAUAAAUUAUGAUACGAUUGAAAUACAUAGAUUUUUUUGCCAGCAAAUUACUUUACCUCUGUAUUAAAUUGGGUUAUCAAUAGACAGUGAUGCACCAAAAAGAUGGAAUUUGAUGCACCAAAAAGAUGGAAUUUCAUUUUGAUAAUCUUUAUUUUCCUUUUCUAAAUACUAAACAUCAUGUUGUGCUCUUGACUUGAAAUACCACAUUAAUUCAUAAAAAUGACUAACAUUUAACAGAUAUUCUGUAUUCUUAAAGAUUAAUAUAAUGUACUAGCAUUACACAGGGAUAAAUAAUUAGCUUCUUUUAUAUUUAUUGUUAUAUAAAGCUAUGAAUUAAAAACUAACCAUAUAAUCCUUUUGGGAACAUUUCAGGAGACCGAUGUAAGAGCUAACAGCAAAAUAUAUUUUAGAAAAAUUGGAUUACAUAGUUUUAUUCCUAUUUUCCCCUUCCUUUCAAUCAUGUCUGGUUCUUGGAGACUAUCCGAACAAGUCCCUGCAGUUUUCUUGGCAAAGCUUUCAGAAAUUGUUUGCGUCCUUCCAAGGACUGAAAAUGACUAUCCCAAUCAUGGUCUCUGUGUUUCUAGUCUGAUGCAUUAACUUCUACAGCAAAAUGGCUUUUACUUAUAGAGAUAUUAUAUACAAUAUUGAGUCAUCUAACUAAGUACCUUUCAUUGAUAAUACAUACCAUAAAUUUUUGAUUUUCAGUUAAGUGAGAAUACUAGCAAUAGAUUUUAUUUACACUUGUGUUGUUUGAACAGCUUGGCUAAAUUAGCUAGUAUAUUUUAGGUAGCAUCUUGGUUCUAAAGAUAUAGUCGUUUUUGUUUUAAAAUAUAUAUAAAUGAGAUAUAUCAUGUAUGCCAAUAAAUUAAGACUUUAAAUGUU